AUGGCCACUAAACGCAAAAUCCCCCCUCGCGCCGGCCGUGAGUCUGCUAAUAAGAAACGAGCCUCCGACGCGGUCGCGACCCAAUCCCAGACGAAGAAAGCCCCUACUCCUCGAGUCCCAUCUGCACCUCCUGAACCGGUCGAACUGCCACUGCCUUCGAGAGUCAGAGAAGGGGAAGCACUGCCGUUCAGACGUGCGCGACAGCCAACCAACCUGUCCAACCAAGAGUACCAGUCUAUUGCAGAAAGCGCGGUACUUUUUACAGCCCUUGAACGAUCCAAGAAGAAAUGGGUUAGUGAUGGCAUUCUGGUCCGUUACUACACGAAACCGAAGAAGACGAAACGCGACCAAAUCGAGAAACUCAACCCACCAAAAGACUCCAUGACUAAAGUUGGACUGUGUGAUGUUACAAUCGGCCCGCAUCAAUUUGACGCAAUGUUGUACACUGUGAAAGACCCUCUAGCACCACAGCCGAUUCAGUAUACUCCUCCACAGGCACAGGCCCGGAUGGUUCACUAUGGGCCUGGGAACAACUUCCAACAACACCAGCCAUAUCAUUCCAACCAACAGCGAAGACCUCCUUACUCUGCCGCCGCUCCUGGGCGCCAACAAGGCUACCAGGGAAACUACUCGCCUGCCCCUCGCGGUCCCCACCAGUCAACAAUGACGCCCUCUGGACAACGGUCCCAGCCUCCAAGCCAAUCUGGACAGCCUGCAAAGCCAAGCCCUGAUCCUGUUAUUCAGAUGCUUGCUACUCGAGCGGCUGCUGAUCCUGAUCUCAAAGCACUGAUGAGAGUUGUUGCAUCGAGUCAAGCAUCACAAGAGCAACUCCGUGCUUUUCAAGCACACAUUGACGAACUUAAUGCAAUAAUAAAGGCAAGGGAACAGCAAGAAAAGCGUCUUCAAGCUCCCACCACACCCCAAGCCCACCAACCCGCAACGCCGACCCCCUCAAAUAAACCACAUCCCCCGCAAAAUUCUACUCAACUUAAGCCGGUCCCCAGCGCUCAUUCUCCCCAGGAGAAGGCAUCCAAGCCGCAGCAGCCAGCAGGAUCAGUACAGACUCCAGGUAAAGAUGCCUCACAACAACCACCAGCGUCCCAGCCAACCGGCUCAUCUAAGCCCCAAUCCGAUAUCCCGCCACACCAACCAAUUCAACCACAAACCCCAGCGCCGGCACCGGCACCGAAAGGUGACCCAGCUAGCGUUUCUCAAACAUCCGACCCAAGUGUCAGACAGGAGCCAAUGGGAAGAGCAUCAGUACAAUCCCAACAGACGUCUUUACAGCCAGCUCCAUCAGCCGGUCCUGUGAACACAUCUACUCCGACCCCAGGCCCUCAAAGUCAAGGUACUGCAGCGCCAGCCAUCCCGCCUCUUAAUGCUGCUCAGCAAUCUACACCGCGACCAGCUUCCAUUCCCCCUGCGCGUCCAGGCUUCAAGUCUGUGGUCUUUGAAUUUACGUCUCCUUUGACACCAUACGGAAAUUCCGCUUCCGGUCAUGCUGGCUCUGGAGAUCGCUACUUAUUUCCUGAACACUCAAUCCUCGAAUGGCUUCCGAACGAGAACACCAUUAUCGCAUCAUUCCUUAUCACACGAAAGGUUGAUCCAGAUACUCCUUUCCCAAUCGAGACUGUACCCGAAACUGCUACUAGCCGAGCAAAAGGAAAAGGAGCAUCCAAGUCCAAGAAGGGGGACAAAAAAGGGAAAGCCGAGAAAGGGAAAAGUGUUCCUGAUACACCCACGCCAAAUCAACCAGGCACAUCAACUGCGGCAGAUGGGACACCAGCUACCGAGACAUCGGCCAACCCUGCUCAGUCAUCUCCAGCCCCUGUAGGGUCCGCGACACCUAAUGAGCCCCCGGCUAAGGAGGUCAAGCUCAAGGAAUACUGGCAAGCGGUCACAUUUCGCAUCCAUGCCGCCGAUACUCGCAUUCUGGAACCAUUAACCCGAGUCGUCAAACCGGCAGACGAGGUUCGUAAAUACAUGAAUGAGAUCAUGGAUCGUGCCGAGCGAGCCCCAGCUGGAUUCCUAGCCCUCCGUCUUCCAACUGAGGAGGCGCGUGAAAUUUCUGAGGCAGAGGGAGCAACAGCCCUGACUGCAAAUGCAGCUUCUCGGAGCCGUGCCGCUAGAGGCAUCAGCGCUAAGCUGACAGAGGAUGAAUCCGAGCUUGACACCAAUGUUCUCGAUCUUGAGCAAGAGGAGGAAGAUCUAUUGGAUUUCUAUGACGCUCCGAUGGGGCUUCCACCCUUACGAGUCUAA